UUCUCUCUACAUAGACGACUUUCAGAUUUUAAGCUGAAACCAAUAAAUGGAACAGAGAUAUUCUCCCUGUAAGAAUCCCUUUUCAUUUUGAGCUUGAAAAAUCUUAUUUAUCAUACAUAAAAAGCAAAAUUCGAGGAAACUCCGAUGUCUGAACGAGAACAGUCAUCUUCUAAACCUCCAACGUCUAUACGGCCGAUGAUAACUCUGCCGCCCCGGAGUUCAAUGGAGAAUUAUUUUAUCGGCGGGUCAGGAGCAAGCCCAGGUCCGAUGACUUUGGUUUCCAGUUUCUUUACUGAAAAUGAACCAGAGACUGACUUCCGGUCGUUUUCUCAGCUGCUUGCCGGCGCCAUGGCGUCUCCCACCGCGGUGCCAAAUGUCAGGCGUGACUUUCCUCCGUCCCAUGAUGCGGCGGCUCAUAUGAAUUCCGGUGGUGAUGUGUUUCAGCUGAAUAGGCCGGCAGGCUUGGUGGCGUCGGAGCAACUGGGUGUGCUUACCAUACCGCCGGGAAUGACUCCGGCGGGCUUGCUUGAUUCGACGGGGAUUUUUCCACCGGCUCAGGGUCCUAAUGGGAUUUCUCAUCAAAAAAUGCUGGCUCAAGUUUCGACUCAGGCUCGGGCUCGACAACAGAUGCCGCCCCCGAAGGCCAGCCAUAAAAUGAAGGAGUCAUCGGAUAUUUCUCAUUCUGAUCAGACAUAUCAACCUUCUAACUUGACCGUUGAUAAACCUGCAGAGGAUGGGUAUAAUUGGCGCAAGUACGGGCAAAAGCAAGUGAAGAGCAGCGAGUAUCCUCGAAGCUAUUAUAGAUGUACUAAUUCAAAUUGUCCGGUGAAGAAGAAAGUCGAACGGUCUCUUGAAGGACAAAUAACUGAGAUCAUAUACAAGGGACAGCAUAAUCACCAGCCACCCAAUAAGCGUGGAGCCUCCAAUGCUCAAGGGAGCUCUGAGUCGAGCCAAGUUACACCGGAACGUGUAUCUGGAUCAAGUGACAGUGAUGAAGUGGGUAAUGCUGAAACUAGAGUCAAUGAAUGGGAUGACGAUGAACCACAAUCCAAGCGAAGGAACAUAGAGGUUCAGACUUCUGAACAAGCAACGAACCACCGGACAGUUACAGAACCUAGGAUCAUUGUUCAGACGUUAAGCGAAGUUGAUCUUUUAGAUGAUGGUUAUAGGUGGCGAAAAUACGGUCAGAAAGUCGUUAAAGGAAACCCGUUCCCAAGAAGCUACUACAAGUGCACCAGCGCCGGCUGCAAUGUGCGCAAACACGUUGAAAGGGCUCCAAGCGACCUGAGAGCUGUCGUGACGACAUACGAGGGCAAGCAUAAUCACGACGUACCUGCUGCCCGCAACAGCAGCCACAGCACUGCUAACGCUACUUCACAGUCAAGACAACUCAAUGCUUUGAUUGAUAUGCAGUCCGCAAAUAGAAGAACAGAACUGGGGAACAAUGGAUUUAAGGAAGAAUAAAUAAAUUAACCAAUGAGAGUUGUUUUAUGUCGUGUCGUUAGCCUGUUUUGCACCAUUUUGAAGUAGACAGAAUCAAAAUACAAAGACAAGAAAGAAGAAUCGAAUAGGAUUAUUUGUAAAUUUCAUUUACUUCAAACAGCGUUUGGAAUGCAAUCUUUCUGUAAAAGCUUUUGUAAUGCCAGUAUUGUAUAAUCUAUUGUGAAAUUGGCUUUUAACCCUUGUGUUGGAACACUAA